AUGUCAUCUCUGCGUCAAUCGUCGACGGCGACGUCGCCAACGUCUCCGGUGACACGGAAUGUCUACUCUCGAGGCUCUGUAGACGUAGAAUCUGGAGAAAUUUCACAGCCGAACAGCCAUAAACGCCCGUAUACACCGGGUGCCAGUCCCCGAGAAAUCCUCUUCGCCCAAUCGGUUCGUCAGCUUCCAUCGCCUUCGCAAACAUCACCUCAUGGGUCAAGGUUUAUGGACGGGUAUCGUCGCCGAAUGCGUCAGGCGAGUCUGAAUUUGCCAUCGGAGACGCAGCAACUGGAUGAAGACCUCGGCUUUCCGCCAGUGUGCUCACCGCCGCCCGAAGUGUUCUGUGGCUCGAUUUCCGGCAAUCAAAUGAGAAAUCGAUCGAAUUCGGAGGCUCAUCCGUCGAUGCGAAUGAAAUCCACGCAUUCUUUGGGCAACGGUGGACUUUUGGUGUUUUUUCCCACCUCGCCAUCGUCCUCGUCGAAUAAUUCAGGACCACUAUCACACCGUCGCGAGAGUCAUACGGAUGAGACUGCCGAGGAUGCAAUUGUUUGGUCCACGAAUAACGACAAAGUGAUGAGACACUGGAAGAGGACGAAUCGAUACGUUGAAAUGGCCAGUGUUGGCGGUGGAUGCAGUGGAAAAUCGUUGAAAAGACCACCAGAUACCAGUGGCUCAUCGUCAUCGUCCAGUGGCAACAACUCGGCAGCCAAUUUGUAUUCGCCGCGCCAGCGACCACUAUUUGUGGACACUCAAAUGACGAAUCACCUCCAGCAACAGGAUUCAGCAAUGAAACGGCGUAGUCCAGUGUCACAGGUCGUUGAUUUUGUACGCGGACGGAAUCGCACCUAUUCGCUCCAACUCUCCUCCUCGCCAAUGUGCUCCCCACAAUCAGUUGGCGCUCGUGCAAGUGCCUCGUGUGAUGGACCCCCACAACCCCUCCUCCCAUCUCCAGGAGGACGUCGUCAAACACUGAGUGGGCGUGUCCAUCGUGCGUCAUUCACUGGUGGAACACUCAAAUCUUUCGAUUCUGGACUCGAUCUAUCAUCACCCACUAUCAAUCAUACGGCACUCUUGAUCAAGGAGUAA